AUGGCUUCUCCAACCGCAAUUCCUCACGCCGAAAAGUCGGCUCAUCAUCGUCACCAGCCUCAAGCUUUCCCACCUACCGACCUUUCAAGCGAAAUCCGUACCAGCCAAGGUCAGAGGAUCUCUUUCUCUCCUCCGGCCUCCUUCUAUUCACGCCCAUCGACUCAAGCCGGCAGUCUCCGCAUCCCUACAGGUAUGGCUUCUACUAUGGGGCCCUCGAGCCCCACCAACCGCUUCUCCAUCGGUUUCAGCCCCAACAAUGGCAAGUCGGACGAGGGACGCAUGUCGCCUCCCCAAUGCCACACACGCGCUCGCUCGCACACAGCCAUCGGCGCCGGCGCACCCUCUUCCUCCAACAUGGAUACUUGCGCAUUGAGCGACGCCUCUGGCUCUGGCUCUCAGCCUUCGUCCUACAUCUCGGCAUCCGAUCUGUCCUUCUCGCGCUCUCCCACCAGCCCUGGCAGCUCCUUCUCUUCGUCUGCAGCAGGCUACUCGCUCGGCAGAGUACCCUCACUCCCAUUGGGCGCUUCUUACGAACAGGCGCAGAAGAGAUUCAACAGCGGCAGCUGGGGUCAGAAGAUGGCCUGGAUGAACACCAUGCGACCUGGACCUCUCUCUCCCACACUCAGUAGACCGAGCAUCGACGAGGGCAGUGCUAGCGGCGAUGCAGCCGCCAACGGCACCAUGGGCAACCUUCUUCGCCGCUUCAGCCUGAGUAGCAGCUCCUACCGCACAGGCAGCAUGUCGGCCUCAGCUUCGUCUGCAACUCCUGUGGCUCCUGCCUACGACUCGGCUCCAUCCGCCGCUGCCAUCCCUCGAUCUGCCUCACCAAAGUCCAUCCCUGCGAUCCACGACUCUGGCGUCUCGUUCGGUGAAGGCAGAACUGCUAGGCGCGGUCGUCAGCCCAGCUUUAGCGGCAACACCAAGAGGAAGCCUAGCCCCAUGGGCGAGCGAUUGCUGAUGGGUCAUUUCAACGCUCAUUAA